AAUGUCAAACUCAGUUGUAAUUUACUUUCAAAGGGUGUUGUUGUUUUUAGUUUUCGGAAGUAGGAAGCAAAUAAACAGAGGAGGAAAACCGAAUUAUGGUAAUAGCACAUCGCCUACGAAUAGAUCAGUGCCUGCAAUAAGAAAGCCAAUCCAGAACUAUAGUAUAUCCACUAGAAAAUAACAAAUACAAUAGGGUUUUGACAGCUGCCAGCUCAUCUGAAUUUAAAAGCUCUAGUAUUUAUUUUAAUGAUUUAAUCAGUAAGAAACAUGUCCUUUGAGAGUGGAAGUAUUAGUUCAGAAUCCUCUCAAGCUUUCAUUGAGAUACUACAAAAUGAUUUUAAGAAUUUGUCACUUGAAACGAAGAAGAAGUAUCCACAAAUUAAAGAGUCAUGUGAAGAAGCUAUAGUCAAACUGAGGGGUUCCACCUCAGCCCCACAAACACCCAUUUAUUAUGUAAUCAAUCAAAUCAUAUAUCCUUUGGUCCAGGGAUGUGAGUCAAAGGAUAUGAAAAUUAUCAGAUGCUGUUUGCAAAUUAUGCAAAGAUUAAUUACACAGCAAGUAGUGGAUUCAAAAGGUGCCCGAUAUAUAACUGAUACACUUUGGAUGUUAAUGGAAGCUGGCAUAGAGGAAGUUAAAGUUUUGCAAUCAGUUACAUUAUUAUUGACUACAAAUUCUGUGGUUCAUGGAGAUACAUUGGCUAGGACGUUAGUUUUAUGUUUUCGAUUGCAUUUUGCGAAAAAUUCGACAACGAUAAAUACCGCUGGUGCCACUGUAAGGCAAUUAGUGUCUUUAGUAUUUGAGAGAGUAGUUGCUGAGGAUGAGUACCUAUCGAAGAGCGAGAACCCUCCUGCAACGAGGCAAGUGAACUUGGAGGAGUUGAAAGUCGCAAGUGGUGUGCCGCCAAAAGGUCUGUCUGCUUGCGCUGCGGACGCAUUUCUGUUGUUUCAAGAUUUAGUUCAACUGGUCAAUGCAGAUCAACCCUAUUGGUUGCAAGGUAUGACAGAAAUGACAAGAACGUUCGGACUGGAGCUAUUGGAAUCCGUGCUCACGCAAUUCUCGGUUGUAUUUUUCAAGAACGCAGAGUUUAGCUUUUUGCUGAAAGAGCGUGUUUGCGCGUUGGUCAUCAAACUGUUCUCGCCAAACAUUAAAUACCGUAGCACGAUACCUGCAAGCGUUCAGCAAGCGACACCUUUCGACAAGCCUUAUUUUCCUAUUAGCAUGAGGCUAUUACGAGUAGUUUCUAUAUUGAUACAAAAGUAUCACGUGCUGUUGGUUACGGAAUGCGAAAUAUUCCUGUCUUUGAUCGUUAAGUUUCUGGAUCCCGAUAAACCUAGCUGGCAACGUGCGCUCGCCUUGGAGGUGUUACAUAAGAUGACCAUACAACCGAAACUGUUGAAUUCCUUUUGCGAGUUCUACGAUUUAAAGAAACACACAACGAGUAUUUUUCAAGACAUCGUAAAUUCGCUAGGAGCUUAUGUGCAGUCGCUGUUUGUGCCCGCGCAACUACAAGCAGGAACACUUCCUAUGGCGCCGGGUCAGGCACCUCAAUAUUUAGCUGGAGUACAACCUGUGCAAGGACUAUCGUCUCAAGCAGGAUUUUUAUCCAGAGGCAUCAUGUUACCAAUAGUUGUAAAUUUCCAGACUGGACAAUCAAAAUCUUUAUAUUUGGAAAUGUUGGACAAAAUCGAGCCACCUAUGAUUCCCGAUGGUUAUGGUAUUUCUAUCGCGUACGCAUGUUUAUUAGAAAUAAUCAGAUCUCUGCAAAUUAGUAUUGAUAAGCAAAUAGUUGAUGAGACUGAUGAGAAGGUCGAUGGAAAGCCUGACAAUAAAGACAAUAUUGAAUUGCAUUGCCAAUUAAUUAAUUCGAGCUGGUGCGGUCUGCUGGCAGCGCUUAGUCCUUUGAUGGAAGCCAGCACAGACGAAGGUAUUACAGAAAACAUAUUGAAGUCUAUGCAGACAUACGGAGCUUUAUGUGGCUACCUGAAUUUGCAAACGCCUCGCGAUGCUUUCAUAACAGCAAUAUGCAAAUCGUCAUUACCGCCACAUUACGCCCUAACAGUUCUGAACGCUGUUACUCCAGGUGCUCCGUUAAGAGCACACAAUGACAUUAACACACAGUUCUUGAAUCAGUGUGCUGAGACGGAUUACCGUCAGCAAAUUGUAGCUGUAGGAACACCUUUGCCAACCUCAACGAUACCGAACGGCGCUCAGCAAGGGCCGGUUAUGUUAACUGCGAAGAAUUUGCAUUCAAUGCGGGCUCUGUUGAAUUUGGCGCAUUGUCAUGGUAGCAUUCUAGGAUCCUCAUGGCAUUUGGUUCUUACAACUUUGCAACAUCUGGUUUGGAUCUUAGGACUGAAACCAUCCACCGGUGGCAGCUUAAAAGUCGGUAGAAUAAUCGAUACCAAUAAUGUUAUCACAACGCAUGUGAUGUCCGACCUCCCAGUGUUGUCGACAAUGUUAAGCAGACUAUUCGAAUCCAGCCAGUAUUUGGAUGAUGUCGCAUUGCAUCAUCUCAUAAACGCCCUAUGCAAGUUAUCACAAGAGGCUAUGGAAUUAGCUUACACGAAUCGCGAACCGUCGCUUUUCGCAGUCGCGAAACUUCUGGAGACUGGGAUUGUGAAUAUGAAUAGGAUCGAGGUGCUGUGGAGACCUUUGACCAAUCACCUUCUCGAAGUGUGCCAUCAUCCGCACAUGAGGAUGAGAGAAUGGGGCGUUGAAGCAAUAACCUAUUUAGUGAAAGCCGCGCUACUCUUCAAGCACGAGAUUCCACUAAGGGAGAAUCAAAAGUUGCAAACGCUUUUGAUAGGUCCAUUGGCUGAGCUCUCUUCAGUACCGCACGGGGAUGUCCGCCAAAGACAAUUAGAGUGCGUUCUAGAUAUUUUACACGUGGCCGGCGAGACCUUAUCCCACGGCUGGCCAUUAGUAUUAGGUAUCAUCGGAGCUGUAUCUGAUCAUCAUGGCGAGAAUUUGAUUCGCAUUGCUUUUCAAUGCCUUCAAUUAGUUAUAACCGAUUUUUUGCCAGUGAUGCCUUGGCGAUGUCUGCCUUUAUGCGUUGACACUGUGACCAAGUUUGGUUCGCAGAUGCAGGAAUUGAAUAUUUCUUUGACAGCCGUAGGACUGAUGUGGAACAUAUCAGAUUAUUUUCACCAGAACCAAGCUAAGUUGAGCCAAAUAUUUAGCGAAGAUGUGAAUGUGUUCCCCGAAUUCCCCGGUACAUUGAACGUACCCAAUUUUGAUAAGCUGUGGAUGUGUUUGUAUGGUAGAUUGGGAGAUCUAUGCGUGGAUACUAGGCCUGCAGUCAGGAAAUCAGCAAGUCAGACACUGUUUUCGACAAUAAGUGCGCAUGGUUCAUUACUUAAGCAUUCAACUUGGCAGGCCGUUCUAUGGCAAGUAUUGUUCCCCUUGUUGGACAAGGUGCAUAUGCAUUCGCGGUCGGCGAGCAGUGAGAAGGUUGAUACGGGAGCUAACAUUUUGAUCCACCAUACAAGGAACACUGCUCAGAAACAAUGGGCCGAGACUCAGGUUUUGACUUUAUCUGGUGUCGCGAGAGUUUUUAACACAAAGAGGCAGUUACUGCAAGCGUUGGGUGAUUUUCCGCGUGCGUGGUCUGUACUUUUGAACUUCAUCGAGAAUUCAGCACUUGCUAAAAAUAACGAAGUGUCUUUUGCUGCAUUGAAAUCGUUCCAGGAAAUUUUGUACCUAAACAAGAACCCGUCGGCGGAGAACAAGGGUGCCGCGGUGGAGGAUAAGGACAUUUGGGCAAUAGCGUGGCGCGUCUGGGUUAAGAUCGGAACGGAGAUCACGUUGCCAUUAAUUGAAAACGUACCCGGUGAGGAUGCGUACCUCCCGAGCCAGUCUUUUCUCACUGCACUUGUCCAAAUCUUCCCAAGUGUUUUUCAACAUGUUAAGAGUGGUUUCGAGGUGAGCGAUUUGGAUAACCUAUGCCGCGUUCUUACCAAUGCGGUCAGCAUACCGGUUUACGGCGAGAGCAGUCAAUACAUGGUUUCCACUACUAGCGAAUUUAACUUGACUACUUUGCACGAUGGUUCAUUACAAGCUGUGGAACUAGUGCAGAAGGAGGCCGUGGCCAGGAAUCAGUUUAAUAUGUUGCCCGGUAUUUUCAAGCAGCUCCUUAGCUUCUCUAAAUUCAGUUGCUACCCUCCGACGAGUACCAAGCAGGAGAUGAGAGCGUCUCCAGAUUGGCUGACAAUGAAUUAUAUUCCUUUCGGGGAAAAGGCCUUGACGUCCGCCGUGGCUUUAUACGAGACUACAGCUGACAAUGAAGAAGUCAUUUACAGUAACGUUCUUAGAGAUAUUAUAGCCAGUCUGCACGUGCCGUUGUCCUUGAAAUACGGUUGUCCAUCAAGCAGCACGUGGAAACUGGCUGCGAAUAGCUUCAUCAAUGUGCUUAAAGUUGGAUUGCCGGUGACGAGAAAUCUGAAUAACACGACUAUGAACGAUAUGUGGGACCAACUUGCUACUACCCUGAAUGAAUUUCUGUUCCCAAAGAUGUGUGCUCCAGCAGAUAGGGGAUUGGAUGAAAUAGUUUCAGACGAGGCUACUGAUUGCCAAUUAAUCGAGAUCAUGCGUUCUCAAGUAUUACCAUAUUCUGGCAGUAUUCCUCGAGAGUUUAUCCUUAAAAUCGUCGUGUUGCUCAACCGGGGUUCCAUCCAUUCUGCGACCAAUGCCAACAUGGAUUCUGAGACGGAGUUGACGCUGCGUGAAGAGUUUGCGAAGACCUGUUUCGAAACUCUCCUGCAGUUUUCCUUGGUCGACGAGGAAUCACAGUCUUCUCUUUUCAAUGGUACUGACGCCACGGACAACGGUAUCGCCGGCAAGCUUGCUGUGACAGCACUUCUACACAGGUUCCAAGAGGUCCUCAAGAAGUACAUAGACGAUGAGAAGCAGAGCGGGAAAUGCCCACUUCCAAGGUACAGAUUAUCAGAAAUAUCGUUCGUCCUGAAAGCCAUAACAACCGUGAUCAUUUCGAUGAAGAAAGCGACGGUCAACAAAGACGAUGCUGCUUGGGAGCAACUGAUCUCGCUGUACCCAUAUUUAGUGGAAUGCACGACGACAACAUCAACGCAGGUGUCGAGGCCAUUACGAGAAGCUCUACUCCAAUUCUGUGAUCUACUGCAACCUCCGAACCAAAAUUCGAAGCUUUCGAACGGUAAUUAGAGUUUGGUUGACGAAAUGAUUUCCCACCCCCCUUACUUCGUUACAGUGUUCUGUUGGCAUUCCGGAUUUAUUAUAUUAAUACUAUAUUAUUAGCGUUAGUUAAUAUAGCAAUAUAUUAUUAUAUUCUCUAUUUUCUGUUUAUGAAUGUGAUAAGUUUGGAGUGUGUAUUGUUAUUGAAGCUAUGUAACGUUCGUUAUAGUGCGAGUAGAUCACUACGUUUUUAUUACUUAUUUUAUUAUUAUUAUUUUGUUAGGUUUUAUGUGAUUUAUUUAUUAAAAGAUUUAAA